AUGUCGAGUACGGAGCAUUUCCCUGACGCUGACGACUUUCAGCGUCAGACUGAUGGGUUCAUGCAGUGGCUUUCACAACAGACCGGCGUGACAAUCAGUUCCAAAAUCGAGGUGCAAGAUCUUCACCAUCAAGGCUCUGGUAGAGGAGUUGUUGCUCGCAGCGAUAUACAGGAAGGAGAAGACCUUUUCCACCUCCCGCAGCGUGUUGUACUGAUGGUCAAAACCUCUCCCCUGAAUGAAAUUCUCGCAGACGAACUGAAAAAUCUGGGUCCCUGGCUGUCUCUCGUUGUUGUCAUGAUCUACGAAUAUUCGCUAGGCGAACGGUCCAACUGGAACCAGUACUUUCAAGUACUACCAACGAAAUUCGAUACGUUGAUGUUUUGGUCUGGGGAGGAACUCUCCCAACUUCAAGCCAGUGCAGUGAUCCACAAGAUCGGAAAGAAGGAUGCGGAAGAAGAUAUUUUCGAAAAAAUAAUACCCCUCGUUCGCUCCCACCCAGACCUUUUCCCACCUGUCAACGGUGUUAUGUCCUACGAUGACGACGCAGGAGCACAGGCCUUGUUAGAAUUGGCGCAUCGCAUGGGCUCCUUGAUUAUGGCUUAUGCCUUUGACAUUGAAAAGGGGGAAGAGGAAGAAAGUGAAGGAGAAGAUGGGUACUUGACAGAUGAUGAGGAACAACUGCCGAAAGGCAUGGUUCCCCUGGCUGAUUUGCUCAAUGCAGAUGCUGAUAGAAACAAUGCACGUUUGUUUCAGGAAGAUGGGGCGCUGGUCAUGAGGGCCAUCAAACCCAUCAAAACUGGCGAUGAGAUAUUUAAUGACUACGGCGAAUUACCACGUUCAGAUCUCCUCCGACGAUACGGCUACGUUACCGAUAACUAUGCCCAAUAUGAUGUUGUCGAACUUCCUCUGACUGGCAUUUGUCAUGCUGCUGGCCUCGACAAUAUCGAAAGCCAAGAAUAUCCUCAUCUCAAAUUGCUUCAUGAACUGGAAAUUCUCGAAGACGGCUACUGUAUCUUGCGACCUUCGGCAGAGGAUAGCUUAACCGACAUAUUACCGGAUGAGCUUCUCGCCCUCCUGAAAUCGCUAACGCUCGAGCGCGAAGAGUUACAACGAUUACAGUCAAAGCAGAAGCCCCCCAAACCCAUUUUGGCAGCACGUGAAGCUCGUAUACUACUCGACUCAGUCAAAAGCAAGUUGUCCCAGUACGGUACGACAGUCGAACAAGAUAAAGCUAUACUGCAGCAAUUCGCUUCGACAUCUAGUCUUUCGACUAGCGAACGUCGUCGCAAGAUGGCUGUUGAAGUUCGUCUCGGAGAAAAAGAAAUUCUACAACAUGUUUCGGUGAUGCUUCAGGACUUCCUCACCGCCGAAGAAAAGGGUGCUGGGAAACGUACGACGGAUGGUACAGGUCAGAAGCAUCAGAAGAAGGCAAAACACAAUUGAAGGAUCACCGAGGUUCUGACUCU